AUGGAUUUAAGGCAACGGGUAGACGAGGAGAGCGUGCGGGAGCUGUUGCGUCUUCUCCGCACGUGCGGGGGGCGCACGUGCGCCGCGCUGCUGGCGGAGGCUCUGCGCGCAAAGUGGGGGCUCUGCGCAGAUGAGCGGAAUGGAAACGGGGCGCGAGCGGCGGGGGGAAGUGGGAGGGAAAGGCGAAAGGGUAUAGACGAGGCUGGCAGAACAUCUAAAGAGGUCGGGGGAAGCCAGGGGGACGAUGAUACGCGGGGGAAGGGUAUGGGUGGGGAUUGGUCUGGAGAAAGGGAUGGGGGGGAGCGUGGAGAGGGGAGGGAGCGGAAGAGGCGGAAGAGAGAGGCGGCGGGAGGGGGGAGCGGAGAGGUGGGGGAGUACGGGAGAAGGAACCACGAUGGGGAGAGACUAGAGGAGAGGGGAGAGAGGGAGGAGCGGGAGGGAAGGGAGAAGAGGGCGGUUGAUACUGCUGCUGCUGCUGCUGCUGCUGCUGCUGCUGCUGCUGCUGCUGCUGCUGCUGCUGCUGCUUCUAGUGAUUCCCAUGCUGGUCCUGAUGGGGAUGGCGAUGCUGGCGGUGCGUCCAACGCGGACACGCUAUUGGAGGCCGUGCAUGAGCUGGCAUGGGAGCACAUCCACGGUGGCCCCUGGAAGGAUGUCCACGUGGCAUGGCGCGACGGGUAUGCCCUCACAUGCCUCGCCAUGGCUACUACUACUUGUGCUAACGCUCCUUCCACUCCUUCUCUUCCUGCUACUGCUAACGCUGCCGCUGUUGCCACCACCACCAACCGCUCUCUACCUGCCUGUCUGCGGCUUCUGGACCUAGGGCUUAUGCUGGGGGGGAACUUGUUCCGUGCAGCUAUCAAUGCCACUGUGGGGGAGAUGGAGGCCAGGGUGGGGGGCGGCGGGAGCGACGGAUGGUUUGGAGGGGAUGGGGGAGAUGGGAGAGAUGGGGAGGGCGGAAGGGGAGGCGAGAGGGGGGAUGGGGAGGAGGAGAAAAGUGGGGAGGAGCAACGGCAGGAGGAGGAGCAGCAGCAGCAGCAGCAGCAACAGCAGCGGCAGCUAGAAAAAUUGCAACAACCCCACACAACAAACCACAUUAACAAACAAAAAUCCCCACUUCACAGACCAGCCGAUGAUCUCUCUCCCCCACCCGCCCACCCCCUAACUCCCCGCACCACCUCCGCAGACCCGCCAAUCCCCCUUCCCCCCCACUCCUUCACAUCCCUCCCCAUGCCCCGCGCGCACCUGCCCUCUCUGGAGCGAUUCCUGCAGAGCUACAUGCAGGCGGGCGUGCCGGUGGUGCUGACAGGGGUGAUCACCCACUGGCCUGCUCUCCAGCGGUGGAGCGACUGGGGGUAUCUGAAGAGAGUGGCUGGAGGCCGCACCGUGCCCGUUGAGAUGGGUAGCAGCUACCUGGCGGACGGGUGGACUCAGGAGCUCAUGACUCUCGCUGACUUCAUUGACUGCCACGUGCUGAGAGCUAGGGUGCCACGUGGCAGCAGCAGGGGCGAUCAAGGGAAGGCAGGAGGGGCGAGCAGGAGUGGGAAAGGAUUGCCGCAACUGCAGGAUCAAGUGGGGGAGGAGGACGGGGAGGAGAGGAUAGGGUACCUAGCGCAACACACACUGUUUGAGCAGAUCCCCAUACUUCGUGCAGACAUUGACAUCCCCCCUUACUGCUGGCUCAGCGCUCCUGCUUCCCACCCUCACUCCCUCCUCGGGUCAAACUCUCACCCUCACUCUUCUCCGCAAGAGGUCGCUCGCACUGCAAGCAUGGGUGGUAGGUCCUCGGGUGAUACGUGCGACAGAGAAAGUGAUAGCUCAGGUGGUGGUAGCGAGGAGGAGAAAAAGGGGGAAGAGGCAAGGGAGAAGGUGGGGAAGGAAAAGCAAGGAAAGGAGGAAGGGGGGGAAAGGGCGGGGGAGGAGAAGGAGGGGGAGGAGGAAGGGGAGGAGGAGGGGGAGAAGGAGGGAGAUCCGGUGGUGAAUGCGUGGUUUGGGCCGGCAGGAACAGUGACACCGCUGCAUCACGAUCCCUGCCAUAACCUCUUUGCUCAGGUGGUGGGCAGCAAGUACGUGCGGGUGUAUAGCAGCAGGGAGGACGAGCGGCUGUACCCACACAAGGAGAAGAUGCUCUGUAACUCCAGCCAGGUGGAUCUAGACUCUCCAGAUCUCACCGCCUUCCCCCUGGCCCCCCUGGCGCCCUUCUGGGAUGUGCUGCUCUCCCCCGGCGAUUUGCUCUACAUCCCGCCGCGCUACUGGCACUACGUCAAGGCCACCCGCCCCAGCUGCUCCGUCUCCUUCUGGUGGAAACCCGCGGGUGAGAGGAGCUCCAGAUAG